AUGCAUCUAUCCAAGUUUCUAGCUCUGACGGUUGGCUUGAGGGGCGUCUCAGCAGUCGUCAGUGACAAUAUCGAUGGCCAGGCGCAAGAUCCCCUCGGCGGCCAGGCGCAUGCAAGUGAGAACAAGAGCCGCGACAGACCUCUCACUCAUAGUCUGGCGGACAUUGACCAUGUAAUUUUGCUGAUGCAAGAGAAUCGGGCUUUUGACCAUUAUUUUGGUACAAUGGCCGGCGUGCGUGGUUUUGACGACCCAAACAUGAACAUCAACCCCCCGCUGUCGCCUCUCAGCGAUAAUGGAGGAACCAUGUCGCACUGGUAUCUCAACUAUGACGGCUCCGGCUCGGAAAUGCUCAGCCAGUGCAUUGACAAUGUCGGCCCAGGCUGGCAGGGCAAUCGCGAUGCAUACAACUAUGGUCUGAACAAUAUGUGGGCAAUUGCCCAGAGCCCUCAUAGCAUUGGCUACUUUAAAGAAAAGGACCUGCCGACACAAUGGGCACUGGCAAAGAACUGGAUCAUUGCAGACAUGUAUCAGUCCUCCAUCUUUUCCAGCACCAGUCCCAAUCGUGUCUUCUGGGCGUCGGGCUCUGUGAAUAUACCAGGCUCCCCACAAGGCCCUGACAAGGGAGGGUUUCCAUACAUUGACAAUUGGGAGACGGACGGAUGCAAGUCGGACGGCUCAUCCUGCUUCCCACUCAAGUGGAAGACGGCCGUGGAGUUUUACGAAGAUGCCGGCGUGGACUGGAUGGUGUACCAGGAUCCCAAAGACAACUUUGACGACAAUCCCUGGGCCUGGUUUGAGCAGUUCCGCGCCAGCGGCCCUCUCCGCGACAAGGCUGCCAUAGGCUCGUCUUGGGACAGCUUCUACAACAGCCUCAGCGACGGCAGUCUGCCCGAAAUCUCCAUCCUCGUGCCCGGCGCCUCGCUCUCGGAGCACGCCGGCGCCGGCCUGCCCAUUGACGGCGCCGGCAUCCAGGACAAGGUUGCCCGCGCGGUGCUCAACUCACCCGCGUACAACCGCACAGCCCUCAUCAUCUCCUACGACGAGGGCGGUGGUUGGUACGACCACGUGCCCUUUUACAUGUCGCCGCGUGGCACGCCAGGCGAGUGGCUCGAGGAUCCGCUCGACAACACGGGCUACACGUUUGCCGGCCCGGGCAUCCGCGUGCCCAUGUACAUCAUCUCGCCGUGGACGCGCAAUGGCGGCGUCUACACCGAGCACAGCGAUCACACCUCCCAGCUGCAAUUCAUCGAAAAAUGGCAGGCCGCCAAAGGCCGCAACGUCGUCACCGACCAGAUGGUGCCCUGGCGCCGGCAGAACAUGGCCGACCUCGUCUCGGCUUUUAACUUUGACAAGCCCGACUACUCCAAGCCCGACCUGCCGACGGCGCCCGCUUACAAGGGCUACGGCGCGUGUGGCUCCCGCGCCGGCCCGACGCCGCCGGGCUACAAGGGCUACAACCAAAAGACGGCCAAGCGGGCCGCGCCGAGCUAUCACGUCGAAAAGGGCUGGAAGCCCGUCCGCGGUAGGCUAACCGAGGGCCGCCACCUGGCCAUGGUGAUGAGCGACCAUGCCUUGACGCACGCGGACCGGAGCAAGCGCAGCGCCAACGUGCACGCCACGCGCGCCGUAGAGAACCACGAGGAGCCGACGCAGCACUGGGUCAUCAACGCCGAGGUUAUUGGCGGCGAUGACUUUACCGUCAUGGCGUCGGGCGACGGGCGUCACAUCUGUCACCAGGGUGAAAUGUGCGGCGACCGCGGCAAUGCCACCGUCUUCACUGUUGGUUUUGAGCCUGGUCGCGGGCACACACUCUGGUCCAAGGCCAAGGGACAAUACAUGCUGAUUGACGAGCGCGGAGAAGUCGGCUACUCGGCCGACGCCAGUCACUGGGACAUGUUCAGUGUUAGCUACUAG